AGUCGCUCUCUGCAGUAUACGGCCGCAAACUUUGCAGUAUUGCGGUAGGGAUUAUCCAGAUGGAGUCUGUUGGAGGAUAGACGACAAAUACGAGUUAUAUUUUUUAAAGUCAUGCAGUACGGUGACGUUUCAGACGCGGAAAAUCGCGUCAUAUUAAACGUCGGAGGAAUAAGGCACGAAACUUAUAAAGCAACAUUGAAGAAGAUCCCGGCGACAAGAUUAUCGCGAUUAACGGAAGCCUUAGCGAAUUACGACCCGGUUUUAAACGAGUACUUUUUUGACCGUCACCCAGGAGUGUUCGCACAAAUCUUGAAUUAUUAUCGAACUGGAAAACUGCAUUAUCCGACGGAUGUUUGCGGUCCACUUUUCGAAGAAGAGCUCGAAUUUUGGGGUCUUGAUUCGAAUCAAGUAGAACCGUGCUGCUGGAUGACUUAUACCAGUCACCGGGACACUCAGGAGACGUUACAAAUAUUGGAUAGAUUGGACUUGGAUACGGAUAAACCUACAGAAGAAGAAAUGAUGAAAAAAUUCGGUUUAGAGGAGGAAUAUCAAACAGGCGACUUGAAUUGUUGGCAAAAAGUUAAGCCGAAAAUUUGGGCGCUGUUCGAUGAACCUUAUUCGUCCACGGGAGCCAAGGUUGUAGCCGUAGUUUCUGUGUUCUUCAUUAUCGUCUCAAUUCUCUCAUUUUGCCUAAAAACUCAUCCGAACAUGCGAGUGCCAGUCAUCGAAAAUAAGACAAUUUCAAUAGACUCAUCCGGUAAUUUCACUUGGACAUUGGAAAAGAAGAAGACAGAACCUCACAGUAGCUUCUUCUAUGUCGAAUGUGCGUGUAAUGCUUGGUUCACCUUCGAAAUUAUCAUCCGCUUUAUAGUAACGCCUAGUAAAUUGGAUUUUUUGAAAGCACCGGUCAACGUUAUUGAUAUGGUAGCAACUUUGUCCUUUUAUUUGGACUUUAUGCUGACUAGAAUGGAAAAGUCAAAUGAUAUUCUUGAAUUUUUCUCAAUAAUAAGGAUAAUGAGGUUAUUCAAGUUAACGAGGCAUUCGCCCGGCUUGAAAAUUCUUAUACAUACGUUCAAAGCGUCCGCUCAUGAAUUGUUCCUGCUCAUUUUCUUCUUGGUCAUCGGUAUUGUUAUCUUCGCAGCGCUGAUAUUCUAUGCUGAGCGGAUUCAAUACAAUCCUAAUAAUGAUUUCACUAGCAUUCCGGUCGGUUUGUGGUGGGCUAUUGUAACCAUGACAACGGUCGGAUACGGAGAUAUGACUCCAAAGACUUACGUAGGCAUGUUCGUCGGAGCCUUAUGUGCCCUACUCGGAGUAUUGACAAUAGCCCUACCUGUCCCGGUUAUUGUGUCCAAUUUCGCCCUUUUCUAUUCUCAUACACAAGCUAGAGCGAAGCUACCUAAAAAGAGAAGGCGAGUCUUACCGGUUGAAGCGGUACGACCGAAAGGAAGGGGACCAGGGGCACCGUCACAGGGUGGUCCAGCACAUGCCAGAAGAAUGAAUGCUGUCAAACACAACCAUCCUCCUGGUAUGGAAAAUAAAUUAAAUAGGAUUGGAAACGCCGACGAAUCGGUUCCGAUGUUAAUGAUUAAUCAUCACAAUGAGAGGAAUACAACAGUGUCGACGGACGACACAGGCACUGCACAAAGGUCUUCCAGACGAGCGUCUAGCCAGACAUCGUCCUCGCAGCCCAGAUUAGUCGAGAUUUGCGCGUCACCCGGCUCUCCAGUUAGAGUUACUGAUCUUAAACGAGGCUCGACUUGUGCCGGAGUGGUUAAUGGAGUCGAAAGUGAAAGUCAAGUUCAGAGAAGAUCGCAAGCGAAUUCACCGACCGGCGGAGCGGGUGACCGAGGCACAGCUGGUUCAAAUAGUGGUGCAAACAGCACCUUAGUGACAGUCAACACGUGA